AUGACAUCUAUACACUUCGUGGUUCACCCGUUGCCGGGGACUGAGGAUCAGCUCAAUGACAGGCUUCGUGAAGUGUCAGAGAAACUCAACAAAUAUAGUUUCAUUAGUCAUCCGCAUCUUAGCCUAUUGGAGCAGGCCACGCUGAAACAGUGUGUUGUUGGGCCCAACCAUGCUGGGUUUCUUCUUGAGGAUGGACGAGUAUGUAGAAUCAGCUUUGCUGUCCAGCCUGAUCGUCUGGAGCUUAGUAAACCUGAUGGCACUGAUGGUUCAAAGUUGAGCACUGGUUCAGGGACAGGAAGGAGCUCCAGGCCAGGCAGGACUAGUGAUCCGCCCUGGUUCCUGUCUGGUUCUGACACACUGGGCAGACUGGCAGGCAACACCCUUGGGAGCCGCUGGAGCUCUGGAGGAGGAGGUGGUGGUGGUGGAAGUAGCAACACUUCAGGCAGAUCAUCAUCAACAGCAGCUCGCGACUCCCGUCGGCAGACCAGGGUGAUCCGGACAGGAAGAGACCGGGGAUCAGGUCUUCUUGGUAGCCAGCCUCAACCAGUCAUACCAGCCUCAGUCAUCCCAGAAGAACUUAUAUCCCAGGCCCAAGUGGUCCUUCAGGGUAAAUCUAGGAGUGUGAUCAUUCGGGAACUCCAGAGAACCAACCUGGAUGUCAACUUGGCUGUCAACAACCUGCUGAGCAGAGAUGAUGAAGAUGGAGAUGAUGGUGAUGACACAGCCAGCGAGUCCUACCUCCCUGGAGAGGACCUGAUGUCCUUGCUGGAUGCAGACAUUCACUCAGCCCAUCCCAGCGUGAUUAUUGAUGCAGAUGCAAUGUUCUCCGAGGACAUAAGUUACUUUGGAUACCCCUCUUUUCGACGAUCCUCUCUGUCCCGCCUAGGAUCGUCCCGAGUUCUCCUUCUUCCCUUAGAGCGCGACUCUGAGCUUUUGCGUGAGCGGGAGUCUGUGUUGAGAUUACGUGAGCGCCGCUGGCUCGACGGGGCUUCGUUUGAUGCAGAGCGAGGAUCUACAAGCCGUGAUGGAGAACCCUGCUUGGACAAGAAGAACAUCCCAAUCCAGAGUCCUGUGUCCCUUGGAGAGGAGCUUCAGUGGUGGCCUGACAAGGACGGCGUGAAGUUUGUCAGUAUUGGGGCCAUGUUCUCUGAGUUGGUGGCUGUCAGCUCCAAAGGUGAACUAUAUCAGUGGAAGUGGAGUGAACCAGAACCAUACAGGAAUGCCCAGAAUCCUUCCAUUCAUCAUCCUCGUGUGUCCUUCCUGGGGUUGGCCAAUGAAAGGAUCACCUUAUUGUCAGCCAAUAGCAUCAGAGCCACUGUAGCAACAGAGACCAACAAGGUGGCAACUUGGGUUGAUGACACACUAAACACAGUAGCUGCAAAGCUGGAGCACACUGCUCAAGCUUUCCCUGAACUUCAGGGGGAACGAAUGGUGUCCCUCUACUGCUGUGCACUCUACACCUGUGCACAAUUAGAGAACAGCCUCUACUGGUGGGGUGUGGUGCCUUUUAGUCAACGGAAGAAAAUGCUUGAAAAGGCCAGAGCCAAGAAUAAAAAGCCAAAGUCAAGUGCUGGCAUUUCCUCAAUACCCAACAUCACAGUGGGAACCCAAGUAUGCCUGAGGAAUAAUCCACUCUACCAUGCUGGAGCAGUGGCCUUUUCAGUUAAUGCAGGGAUUCCCAAAGUGGGCGUUUUGUUGGAGUCUGUGUGGAAUAUGAAUGACAGCUGCAGGUUUCAGCUGCGUUCGCCAGAGAGCCUAAAGAACAUGGAGAAGACCACUAAAACCCAAGAAACCAAGACAGAAAGCAAGCCGGAGUUGGUGAAGACUGAGAUGGGUCCUCCUCCUUCUCCAGCUUCUACAUGCAGUGAUACCUCCUCCAUUGCUAGCAGUGCUUCCCUGCCAUACAAGCGAAGGCGUUCCACCCCAGCCCCAAAGGAGGAAGAAAAGGUGAAUGAGGAGCAGUGGCCCCUCAGAGAGGUGGUGUUUGUGGAGGAUGUUAAAAACGUUCCUGUAGGAAAGGUGCUGAAAGUGGAUGGUGCAUAUGUUGCAGUGAAGUUUCCGGGCACAUCAAGUAGCGUGAGCAACCAGAGCACCACUGCCCCUCCAGACUCCGACCCCUCUUCACUGCUUCAGGACUGUAGGCUCCUUAGAAUAGAUGAGCUGCAGGUCGUCAAAACUGGGGGAACUCCUAAGGUUCCCGAUUGUUUUCAGCGCACACCCAAAAAGCUUUGUAUCCCAGAAAAGGCAGAAAUCCUGGCUGUCAAUGUAGAUUCCAAAGGAGUCCAUGCUGUACUGAAAACCGGUAAUUGGGUUAGGUACUGUAUUUUUGACUUGGCCACUGGCAAAGCUGAGCAGGAAAAUAACUUCCCAACGAGCAACAUGGCUUUUUUAGGACAAAAUGAGCGUAAUGUGGCCAUCUUUACUGCGGGACAGGAGUCACCAAUCAUUCUUCGAGAUGGAAAUGGCACAAUUUAUCCAAUGGCCAAGGACUGCAUGGGUGGAAUUCGAGAUCCUGACUGGCUAGAUCUGCCACCAAUAAAUAGUCUCGGGAUGGGGGUGCACUCUCUUGCCAAUCUCCCCUCUAACUCCACCAUAAAAAAGAAAGCUGCAAUUAUAAUUAUGGCUGUUGAGAAACAGACGCUGAUGCAGCAUGUUUUGCGUUGUGAUUAUGAAGCGUGUCGGCAGUACCUGGUGAACCUUGAACAAGCCUUUCUCUUGGAUCAGGGUAGCCAUGCCCUCAAUGCACUUCUUGGCCAUCGUUGUGAUGGAAACCGCAACAUUCUGCAUGCUGCUGUUUCUGUAUGCUUUCCUGUUAGUAACAAGGAAACCAAAGAGGAGGAAGAAGCUGAACGAUCAGAGAGGAACACAUUUGCUGAGCGCUUAUCUGCUGUCGAGGCUAUUGCAAAUGCCAUCUCUGUGGUCUCCAGCAACAGCUCUGGAAAUAGGACUGGCUCCUCCAGUAGCAGAGGGCUUCGGCUAAGAGAAAUGAUGCGGCGCUCUCUAAGAGCAGCCGGCCUCGGCCGUCAUGAGUCAGGCCCAUCCUCCAGUGACCACCAGGACCCUGUUUCACCCCCAAUUGCACCACCAAGUUGGGUUCCUGAUCCCCCGCCCAUGGACCCCGAUGGUGACAUUGAUUUCAUUCUAGCACCACCCAUGAGUUCACUAACAACAGCCUCCACUGGGACCAGCCAGGGCCCGAGCACUUCUACAAUACCAGGACCAUUGACAGAGCCAUCGGUUGUUGAAUCUAAAGACAGGAAGGCCAAUGCCCACCUUAUCCUCAAGCUCAUGUGUGACAGUGUUGUUCUCAGGCCCCAUCUACGUGAGCUAUUGUCUGCUAAGGAUGCACGAGGAAUGACCCCAUUCAUGUUGGCAGUCAGUGGGAGGGCCUACCCGGCAGCCAUCACAGUUUUGGAGGCAGCACAGAAAAUGGCCAAAGGUAACAUUGCAGAGAAGGAGGAUUCAGACUCUGUUUUCAUGGAAAUGAUUUGUCCCCUGGGGACCAACCCGGAUGAUUCACCCCUUUAUGUCCUUUGCUGCAAUGACACAUGUAGCUUUACUUGGACUGGAGCUGAGCACAUUAAUCAGGACAUCUUUGAGUGCCGGACAUGCGGAUUACUUGAGUCCCUUUGCUGCUGCACUGAGUGUGCCAGAGUGUGUCACAAAGGACAUGACUGCAAACUCAAGAGGACCUCUCCCACAGCAUACUGUGACUGCUGGGAAAAGUGCAAGUGUAAAACACUGAUUGCAGGUCAAAAGGCUGCUCGGCUAGAUUUGCUGUACCGAUUGCUCACAACCACAAACUUGGUUACAGCACCAAACAGCAGAGGUGAGCAUAUACUACUGUUCCUGGUGCAAACCGUUGCCAGACAGAGUGUAGAGCACUGUCAGUACAGGCCACCACGCAUCAGAGAGGACAGAAAUCGCAAGGCUGCAAGUGCAGAUGAUUCUGAUAUGCCAGAUCAUGACCUGGAGCCUCCCCGCUUUGCUCAACUGGCUCUGGAGAGGGUCCUGCAGGACUGGAAUGCCCUGAAAUCUAUGAUCAUGUUUGGUUCCCAAGAGAAUAAAGAUCCUCUUAGUGCCAGCAGCAGAAUUGCCCACCUCCUUCCUGAAGAGCAGGUCUAUUUGAAUCAGCAAAGUGGCACCAUUCGCCUUGACUGUUUUACCCACUGCCUCAUUGUCAAGUGUGCUCCUGAUAUCACUUUCAUAGACACUUUACUUGGUACACUGGUGAAGGAGUUGCAAAACAAGUACACUCCUGGCCGAAGAGAGGAGGCAGUCAACGUGACGAGGAGAUUUUUACGCUCUGUAUCAAGAGUAUUUGUAAUCCUCAGUGUGGAGAUGGCGUCAUCCAAAAAGAAAAACAACUUCAUCCCCCAACCUAUUGGUAAAUGCCGCCGUGUUUUCCAAGCUCUUUUACCCUACGCUGUAGAGGAACUCUGCAAUGUGGCGGAGUCGUUAAUCGUUCCUGUGCGAAUGGGAAUCGCAAGACCUACAGCUCCAUUUACAUUAGCUAGUACCAGUAUUGAUGCCGUCCAGGGUAGUGAGGAGCUCUUCUCUGUUGAACCACUUCCUCCAAGACCUUCACCAGAUCAAUCUAGCAAUUCCAGUCAGACGACUGCUUCUUAUAUUAUUAGGAACCCCCAACCCAGGCACAGUGGGCAGUCUCAACCUGUCAGAGGCCGAGAUGAGGAACAUGAUGACAUCGUUUCAGCAGAUGUGGAAGAGGUUGAAGUUGUUGAGGGAGUAGCGGGUGAGGAAGACCAUCAUGAUGAUCAAGAAGAACAGGGAGAGGAAAAUGCUGAGGCAGAAGGGCAGCAUGAUGAGCAUGAUGAAGAUGGGAGUGACAUGGAACUUGAUCUUCUCGCGGCGGCUGAAACUGAAAGCGACAGUGAAAGUAACCACAGCAAUCAGGACAAUGCUAGUGGCCGUAGGAGUGUUGUCACAGCAGCAACAGCUGGCUCUGAAGCAGGUGCCAGCAGUGUCCCUGCCUUCUUUUCAGAAGACGAUUCCCAGUCCAAUGACUCUAGUGACUCAGACAGCAGCAGCAGUCAAAGCGAUGAUGUUGACCAAGAGACAUUUUUGUUUGACGAGCCCCUGGAGAGGACUACCAAUGCUACCCAUGCAAAUAGUGCUGCCCAGGCUCCUCGAUCCAUGCAGUGGGCUGUUAGAAACACUCCCAGCCAAAGGGCUACUGGAAGUGCUCCCCCCAACUCUUCAACAUCAGCAGCAAGCUCCACUGGUCUCAUAUAUAUCGACCCAACAAAUUUGCGUCGCUCAAGUGCAAUCAGCUCUAGUGCUGCUGCAGCGGCAGCUGCUCUGGAGGCCAGUAACUCAAGCAGCUAUCUGACUUCUGCCAGCAGCCUAGCCCGAGCCUACAGCAUUGUCAUUAGGCAGAUCUCGGAUCUCAUGAGUUUGAUUCCAAAGUACAACCACCUUGUCUACUCUCAGUAUCCUGCCUCUGUGAAGCUAACCUAUCAGGAUGCAGUCAACCUGCAGAACUAUGUUGAGGAAAAGUUGAUUCCCACUUGGAACUGGAUGGUAGCCAUCAUGGAUUCCACUGAGGCACAGUUGAGAUAUGGCUCAGCCUUGUCAUCUGCCGGAGACCCGGGUCACCCCAGUCAUCCACUGCAUGCCUCCCAGCAUUCUGCACGGAGGGAACGCAUGACUGCUCGGGAAGAGGCCAACCUCCGCACUUUAGAAGGGCGCAGAGCGGCUACUCUGCUGACCGCUCGCCAGGGCAUGUCUGCACGUGGUGACUUCCUGAAUUACGCUCUGUCACUCAUGCGCUCCCACAACGAUGAGCACUCGGAUGUUCUUCCUGUAUUAGAUGUGUGCUCGCUGAAACAUGUUGCAUACGUUUUCCAAGCGCUUAUCUACUGGAUUAAAGCUAUGAACCAACAGACCACUCUAGAGACCCCACAAGUUGAUCGAAAGAGAAAUCGAGAGAUUUUGGAAUUGGGUUUAGACAAUGAGGACUCUGAACACGAAAAUGAUGAGGACACCAAUCAAAGUGCAAAUUUACAGGAUAAAGAGGAAGAUUCUGUUCCUGCUGAAACGGGUCAGAAUCAUCCUUUCUUCCGUCGCUCUGAUUCCAUGACCUUUUUGGGAUGUAUCCCACCGAACCCGUUUGACGUUCCUUUGGCUGAGGCCAUUCCAUUGGCAGACCAACCUCACCUUUUACAGCCUAAUGCGAGGAAGGAAGAUCUGUUUGGGCGACCUUCUCAAGGCUUGUAUUCCUCCUCCUCCUCUUCCAUGGCAGCCAAAGGCCUGGCUGAGGCAAGCCUGGACAGAAACUGCCUGGAGAUCCUGCCCACUAAAAUGUCUUACUCGGCCAACUUGAAGAAUGUGAUGAGUAUGGAGACUGCUCAGCGUCCCUCUGAGAACCAGGCGCUAGCAGACCAGGAGCUGGAAACCUCAAAAGCGGGCCCUUCACCCCACGACCUUGCUGCUCAACUCAAAAGUAGCCUGCUCGCUGAAAUUGGCCUCACUGAAAGUGAAGGACCUCCUCUUCCAUCAUUCAGACCUCAUUGUAGCUUCAUGGGGAUGAUGAUUUCACAUGACAUGCUGCUCGGACGCUGGCGUCUGUCACUUGAACUCUUUGGGCGUGUCUUCAUGGAGGAUGUCGGCGCUGAGCCUGGAUCGAUUCUUACUGAGCUUGGUGGCUUUGAGGUGAAGGAGUCAAAGUUCCGCCGAGAAAUGGAGAAGCUAAGGAACCUACAGUCCCGGGACUUGGCCUUGGAAGUUGAUCGUGAUAGAGACCAGCUAAUACAACAGACCAUGCGUCAGCUCAACACUCACUUUGGCAGGAGGUGCACAACUACACCCAUGGCCGUACACAGGGUAAAGGUCACCUUCAAAGAUGAGCCGGGCGAGGGCAGUGGCGUGGCCCGCAGCUUCUACACAGCCAUUGCACUGGCGCUGCUCUCCAACGAUAAGCUGCCCAAUUUGGACUGCGUCCAAAGUGUCAGCAAGGGCAUGCAGGCCAAUCUAAUGCAGCGUUUGAGAAACAGAGAUCGAGAAAGGGAAAGGAGAAGCGGUGGUCUGCGAGCGGGUUCCAGGAGAGAUCGGGACAGAGACUCUAGAAGACAACUUUCAAUAGACACCAGGCCAUUCAGGCCGUCAUCGGAGGGCAACCCCAAUGAUGAGCCGGAUCCCCUUCCUGCCCACAGACAAGCUUUAGGGGAAAGACUUUACCCGCGUGUUCAUGCAAUGCAACCAGCUUUUGCUAGUAAAAUCACUGGCAUGUUGCUGGAACUGUCCCCCGCACAACUACUGCUGCUGCUGGCUAGUGAAGAUUCUCUCAGAGCCAGAGUAGAAGAAGCUAUGGAGCUGCUCAUUGCACAUGGAAGGGAAAAUGGUGCUGACAGUAUACUGGACCUGGGUCUUCUGGAGGCACCAGAAAAAGCACAACAACAGGAAAACCGCAAGAGGCACGGUUCAACACGCAGUGUGGUGGAUAUGGAGCUGGAUGACCCAGACGAUGGGGAUGACAAUGCUCCUCUCUUCUACCAGCCUGGCAAGAGAGGCUUCUACUCCCCUCGGCCCGGAAAGAACACGGAGGCCAGACUCAACUGCUUCCGUAACAUUGGCAGGAUAUUGGGGUUGUGUCUGCUUCAGAAUGAGCUCUGUCCAAUAACGCUGAAUAGACAUGUAAUUAAGGUCUUGCUCGGCAGAAAGGUGAACUGGCAUGAUUUUGCAUUCUUUGACCCGGUAAUGUACGAGAGCCUGAGGCAGCUUAUCCGCCAUUCACUGGCUGGUGAAGCAGAAGCUGUAUUUGCUGCAAUGGAUUUGGCCUUUGCCAUUGACCUUUGCAAAGAGGAAGGGACUGGACAGGUGGAACUUCUUUCAGGUGGGGUCAACAUGCCAGUAACUCCCCUCAAUGUGUACGAAUAUGUGCGGAAGUAUGCAGAACACAGAAUGCUGGUGGUGGCUGAACAACCGCUCCAUGCAAUGAGGAAGGGUUUACUGGAUGUGCUUCCAAAGAACGCCUUGGAAGAUCUGACUGCUGAGGACUUCCGAUUGCUCGUCAAUGGUUGCGGAGAGGUCAACGUGCAGAUGCUCAUUAGCUUCACCUCAUUCAAUGAUGAGUCUGGGGAGAAUGCAGACAAACUACUGCAGUUUAAGCGCUGGUUUUGGUCUAUAGUCGAGAAGAUGAGCAUGACUGAGAGACAAGAUCUGGUAUAUUUCUGGACAUCCAGCCCAUCCCUGCCAGCCAGCGAAGAGGGCUUCCAGCCAAUGCCCUCCAUUACCAUUCGGCCACCAGAUGACCAGCACCUCCCCACAGCCAACACGUGCAUCUCGCGCCUCUACGUGCCACUCUAUUCUUCAAAACAGAUACUCAAACAGAAGCUCCUAUUAGCCAUUAAGACCAAGAACUUUGGUUUCGUGUAG